AUGCAGCGAGUGCAUUCGAAUACGGCGCUGCCGCCCGGCGCAGAUGACAUCGAGCUCAAGGACGAUCCGCUCAUCGCGGCCGUUGCUGCAGCGACCGGCGCCUCGACGGCCCUGGGAGUUACGCCGCAGCGAACCCGCUCGUACACGAAUGUGACAAUAUCGGGCGACACUGAGGCCGUGCGCAAGUUCAGGAGGAGGCGGUCUGAAUGCUCCUGCCCACUUCACCAGAUAGCCAUCUCCGUUACAGUCUUCUCCUUUAUGGCCUGGGUUUCGUACCUCUUUCUGACCAAGGAUGAGUGA